AUGGCAGCCUCCAGCCAGUCACAAGUAUUGUCUCUCUACAAGAUUAUGUUAAGAGAAAGCCAGAGGUUCAGUUCUUAUAAUAACAGGAUAUACUCCAUAAGAAGAAUCAGAGAUGCUUUUAGAGAAAAGAAAAAUGUUGAUGAUUUUCAUGAAAUAGAAACCUCGCUUCACCAUGCAAAAGAAAACUUGAGUGUCAUUCAGCGUCAAGUUAUCAUUGGCCAGAUGUAUGCCACACACAAACUGGUCAUUGAAUCUUCAGAACACCAAUGAUACUUGGACAAGAGCUCUGGAAGCCAAAUUAAUGAGCCUUCAUUGAAGAACUUCAUAAAUGUUACAUGUUGGUGUUGUUUUAUUUAGCAUAACCCUUUAAGGUAAUGGCACACUAAGCAAUUUCUGGUGUUUUGUUGCACCAUCAGGAGUUUGCAUUUUUGAGUGAUACACAUAUGCCAGCAGACAGGACCCAGCAUAUAGCCAUCUUUCGCAUCAAAAGUGGGUGGCUAAUUGCAGCUUGUCCUACACUGAUUAGGUAGGUGUGCCCCUACCCUUAAAUGGAAGAUUUUGAAAACCUUGCAUCAAGUUAUGGAAAUAUAAUAUAUUAAACUGUGUAUACCCUUUUUAAAAUUUCUCAGUUCUUUCAUUGCAAUCUUAUUGUUAAGUUUGCAUGAAUCAAUAUUGGUAGUAAAAAAUCCUAUUGGAAUUGAUGUUCGGAGUGAUCUCUUUUGAUGUCAUCACUGUGUGUCUGUAGAGGCAAUAUGGAAUGCCUAGGUCAGACUGUUAUACUAGGUAGCAAGUAUUGUGGUAGCAUUGGAAGCAGAUGAAAUGCACCCAUUCAUUCACACAAUGGGCUACUGAAUUCAUUUACCCAUCUAUGGUUAAUAGAAGUGCUCUGAUGAUUGGUUUUGUUUGUCUUUGCUGCUCUAUGCACACUCACUCAAUCCUUAAGAAUGUUAAAAGUCGUGAGGAAGUAAUGUAAACUAUAUAAAGGUGGGGACUUGGCCUACUUGUGACCUCAAGUGUGCAAGGCGGGGUAAAUGCAAUUUCAUUUUCAGGGUUGACAUACUGACCAGUGAUGUGUAAAAAAGGUUAAGGCCAAAACAAGGACAGAAGAAGAAAUACUGGGGAUUUCAGGUGGAGCACCAGUUUAUAAGUGAUAGAGGAGCAUUUCUUCAGUCCUGCCUCCAGAGGUGAAGGAACCUAACUCAAAAUGCCUGAUAGGUAGAGAUGUACCUACAAUACUCAACAAAGAUCCUUAACAGGAGAGAUAACUUUUUAAAAUAAUACACAUGGGUAAAUGCCUUUCUGUGUGGCUAUCCCAUAACACACUAAAUAAGGGGUUCUUCAUCGUUAAGUUAACUCUUGCUAUGAUGUAGAGCAGGGAUCCCCAACCUUUAGAACCCGUGAGCAAC